ACUUAAUUGCUGGCUGGCCGAAUUUUGUUUAUAAUUUCUUUUGUGCGAAUUAAAUAGAAUUGAAAUUGUUGUAAGCAGCUUGCACCUUGCAUUUGUGGCACCCAAGCGACACACCCGCAGCAGCAGCAGCAGCAGGCACCCCUAUGGGCAGUAGGCGUAGGGUAGGAACUAACAAACUAAAAAAAUAAACAGAUUCGAAGACAACGAGGGACGACUUCGUGCAAUUGAUUCUGCAGCAUGUCGGGGCGCAUCGUCGGAGUUCCUCAGGGAUUGUCAAGCAGAUCGCACAAUGCUCAAGAGCCUUCCCUGGCGUUGUGCUUCCAGCGGAAGAGCAUUAUGAUACAACUAAUGAAACACAUGGCCUACGAGGGCAGACAGGGACAGAGCUUCAGUUUCGAGGGCUGCGAGGACCUGCUGGACACCUUUCUACGUGCACUGGCCACAUACAUGGCGAGUGCCUUGAAGGGAAUCAUAGAAUACUGCGAGCACCGCACCGGCUAUGAUCUGCACGGCGAUAUGCGCUUUGUGUUGAGUAACGAUUUGAAAGCGAAGAUGGAACUGCUCGACAAGAGGGAUCGGGAGGACCACUGCUUGUCGGAUGAAGAAGAUAACUUCAAGCGGCAGAAGCCCGCCUCGGACUUGGGAAUGGGCAUGGCCAGGCGCCUGGAGACGACCAAUAACACGGCACUGAAUGCCAUUGGACCAAGGAAUCGAGAGGUUCCACUGGCAGCAGCCCAGUCCAUGCUGCCGGCAGCCAAACGCUGGAAGUACAUCUGCGUUACCGAUGUGAUUGGGUUCCUAAACCAUGACAAGCGCUAUGCUCACACGAAAAUGCUCAGUGCUGCAAACUCCAAGUAUGAUUACUGAGGCGAACUCCGUUCCAGUUUCAUUUGCAGUUCAAUGAACUUCCUCUUCGAAUAAAUCUCAGGCAAAGCCCAAGGAAACAGGUGGUGGUGUGUCCUUUUGUUGCCUCUGCUCUGCGCAUUUCAAUGGGGAAUCC